UUUGAAAGGUAGGAUCCACAUGUCAGCUCUUUUUUUCUCUCCUCUCUCCUUUUUGUUUCUUCCCUUCCCCGUCACCUCUCUCUCCCGUAUCCCGCCAUCUCUCUCUCCCGUAUUCCCUCCACAAGGGUGGCGGAGCCGCGGGAGAAGAAGAUUGCCGCUGUCGUCAUCAUCGCCGCCUGUCGGGUGGUCUGCACCACAUGGGGAGGUGGGGCACCACCGCGCCAUGGGCUCUCCUGCCGGCACCCUCUCCACCUAGGUCUUGUGGUCCUUAUCCACCCCUGUCGCCCUCCUCAACUCUGCUUGGCCGUCUCCGUGCCCCAGCAUCACAGCCCCCUGCUCAACGCGCCUCGCCUCCCAAGCUCAAGCUACAUUUGCUGACAGUAGCGCCUUGCCUCCAUCGGGCGAGCUCGAUUCGCCGGCGGCCACACCGCGCUUGCCUCGAGGGAGGUCGAUUCGCGAGCGGUCAAGCUCGAUUCGCCGGCGGACGCACCUUGCCUCCCGCGGGCAUGCUCGAUGUGCGGGCGGGCAAGCUCGAUUUGCUAGAUGCUGAACUUGAUUCACGGUAGCACUAGAGAUCGCCGCAUCCCCUUCUCCAUUUUCGUCCCCACAUAAGCCGGCGAUGAUUGGGUCCGCUAGGAGAAAGAGAAGGAGAAGAAAGAGAGAGAAUAGAAAAAGUAGCUGACAUGUGGCCCCACUUACAUGUGUAGUCCACAUCAGCAAAACCACCCUCCGACGCAGCUAAAUGGUCAAAUGUGAACGGUUUCGAUAGUUGGAUGGUCAAAGAUUCUUGAUUUUGGAGUUGGAUAGCUAAAAUUAAACAUACGUGAUAGUUUGACGGUCAAAAUGGACUUUUUCCGCCUUCCGGAUGUACCGGGAUUACAUUGGCAAAUCUCCAUAAGAAAAAUAUAACAUCUACCUUUUCUCCAUAAGAAAACAGGCAAUUUAGAAGCCAUGUCACGCCUCCGUAAGACCAACUCCAGCAGAUCCCCCAUCCACCAGUUUAUCCCAAAUUAUAGGAGAUUUCUUACUGUUCUGUCCUCCACCGGAUCUCCGAUCGUCUCCCCCAAAAACCGCAUUCCCCCCCCCCCCCGCGGCCCCCCUUUUCUACGAGCUUUUCUCUCUGCCCCAUCCUCUCCGCUCGCCAACGGUCUCGCUCGUUCUUCCCUGGUACGCUUCUCUCUCUCGUCUUCCUCGCGUCUCGCUCGAGCUCCCCCCUCGCCUGUCCCUCCUCUUCCCCCACGGCAACCUCUUCCUGCUUCCUCCGCACUCGCGCCGUCCCUAUUCUACCGCGCCGCCUUCUCUGAAACAGCCGCGCGCGGGCUGGAUCGGCGUGUGCGCGAGCCAGAUUGGAAUCCUUCUGGGUUUCGGCUCCUGAUGGCGAUGGAUUGAUCUUACCCUGGCACUUCGUUAGUUUGUUUCCGUGUUUUGGUGAGGCCGGCUUAAAUCCAAACCGAACCCCACGAGCACACGCCCCCUCCCGAAUCCGCACGAGUCCCGUGCUCACUGCUCAAAACCCUCCCCCUCCUCCUCCCCCUCCGGCGGCGGCGGGGCUUCUUCUCCGGCGAGGCCUCCUCCUCUACACCUCAGGGUUUUGGUGGAUUCAUCGGCCAGGAGGUCGACGGGAGGAGGCUGGUGCCAAGCGCCGGAGGCCAACCCCUACUCUUCGUCGGGUCCGGAAGCAGCCGCACCCUGAAUCGUCAUGGAUCAAUUCUCGAGCCAAUUUAGUUCUCAGGGCCAGUUCAAUGGUGAAGUGAAUUACACGCCCACCAUUGACCUCACUGCUAUGAAUGGCACCCCUCCGGAUGUGACUGUGAAUGUUGAACAGCAGGAUGCCCAAUCAGGAGAGGCCGCAAGUAUGGCGGCUACUGGAGGAAAAAAGAAAGGUACUGCGUCGAGGUCCAAGAAUUUUGCUCAAGAUGAAGAUGAGGCACUGUGCUCUGCCUACCUGAAUGUGUCAAAGGAUGCUGCAGUUGGGGUCAAUCAGACGUACAAGUCAUAUUGGACUAGAAUUUCUGAUUAUUACAAUGAAGUUAGUCGGAAUCCCACUGUGAGGUCUCUCAGUUCUCUGCAACAUAGGUGGGGAGACAUCCAGAAAGACACUGCCCGCUUUUGUGGCUUCUAUAGUGAGAUUGUUAGGCGCAAUCAAAGUGGGCAAAGUGAAGAUGACAAGGUGAAGGAUGCUCUGCAAAUGUAUGCCGGUAUCGCUGGAAGCCCAUUCAAGCUGAUCCAUUGUUGGUUAAUUCUUCACCAUUCAGCCAAAUGGAAUGAUUGGUUAGCGAAGGAGUGGAACAAAGGCACCAAGGACAAGGCUUCUGUCCAAGAUGUGACUCAGGAUUCACCAGGGGCUAGUGGCCAAGAGGGGACUGGGGGUUCCAAUGUUCCUACCCGGCCCAUUGGAAGAGACAAGGCAAAAAGGCUGCGCACUAGCCCUGCUGGCUCUUCUUCUAGUAGCUCAGCAUACAUAGACGUGCUGCAAAAGAUCCAUGAAGAUAGGUCCAAGUAUGAUGCACGAGUAGAGGCUGCAACCAUUGAGGAAGCCCAGGCGAUUGCUACACGUGCUGAGAGGAAGCUUGCCCUGCAGGAGAAACAUGUUUCGAUUCAGGGAAAACAACUUGAGAUAGCAACUGAGUUGUUGAACCUGCAAAAGGAAGACCGAGAAGAUAAGGUCAUGAGUCUUGAUGUUGAGAAGAUGUCACCAUGGGUCAGGGAUUACUACAUUAGGAAGCAGAAGGAGAUUGCUGCGAGGGCCGCAAGUCGCGCGGGUUCGUCUGAUCUUAGGCAUCUCAUUCUCAGAUCUAAUGUAUGUCACCAAGCGCAACAUGGCAAAUGCUGUUUCAAGUAUGACUAAACAUUUGGAGCAAGUGCAGAGCUCCCUUGCUGGUCUCACCCUUUGCUCAACCACAGUUGAUGGAGAAAAAUUUCUAAUCGCCUUUGGUGGUUACAAUGGGAAAUAUAGCAACGAG